ACCUCUGAGAAGGACCACACACGCCCCAAUUGAUCAGCCAUGACAACGGACGAAGGCCAAUCCCUCUUCUUCUACGGCACCCUGAUGCACCCCGCCGUCCUCCGACGUGUCGUUUACGGCCCAAACGCACACGUUGCUGCCCAAGUGCAGAUUGAGAAGAGUGUCCCAGCAGUUCUUCCGGACCAUGCACGGUACCGUGUCCGAGGCUGCGAUUAUCCGGCAGUGAUUCCCGUUAAGGGCCCCUCUCGUACAGUUCUCGGGACAUUGACGACGAACCUGUCACCAUUGGCAGUGCAGAGACUUGAUGUCUUCGAAGGUGACGAGUAUCAGCGGACGCCAGUCACGGUCAUGGUCGGUGGAAAGCCGGUGCAAACAGACACAUACAUCUGGAUUGCUGGAGAAGAUAAGCUCGAACAACGAGAAUGGGACUUCGAAGAGUUUACCCAAGAGAGGCUACGAGGAUGGGCAGAUCCAGGCUUCGAGCAGGCGGAUCAAGUAGACGGUACAGGAGGACGAGCAGCACACUUGCAAGACGUGGAGCGAAGUGCGGUAUAGACAGAGCAGAUGUAGCAAAUAGCUAGUUUAUGUUGAUUGAAUUAGAGGGUAUACCAGAUAUAGUAAUGCAAGUAUGAAGAAAGGAAAAGCG